GUACGCUGCCUAUUAUACGCCGAACAAUACGGAGUUCGCGCCUUCGAAGAAGCCACACCAGAACUAGUAGGUGCGUCAUACUUCGAGUUCCUGUAUGACCCGUCGAUGACCGACAGCGGCUGCGACGAACAUGAAAUCAAAGUUCCAGGACUGAACUCUUGCCAACCGCUCCGCUGUCCGAAGGGUGCACGUUGGCAUCGAAGUGGCAAGUGCAUCGGACCAGGCGCCACUCGUAGCUGCCCGUGGGUCGUAUAUAAAAAGAAAUGGGUUACCAUUCUUCCAAAUCGCUCGCUAUAUCUAAACUUCAGCGGUGAAAUUUAUGGUCCCAGCGACUACGAGGCGGACAGCUGGAAAGGACACGUUCUCGUGUGUGUCUCGCACCCAGCGGCGGUCGUCCUUGAUCCAACACAGGAGGUUGUAACUGAAGUGUGUGUGGCUUUCAGUAUCUCUUGUUUGCUUCUCUUAAUAGCUGUUUACGUAUCCUUGCCGCAUCUCCGGGCUCGUGCAGCUGGACGUGCCAUACUCUGCACGUCGACGUCGCUAGUCCUGGCACAAGGGUUGUUCGUCGUAUUCGAUGACAUUCCUCCGCGCACUACGUCCUGCAAACUUGUGGCAGUCGCCCUACACUUCAGCUAUCUAGCUUCCUUUUUCUGGAGAAACGCUAUAGCGAUUGAUGUAUGUAGAUCUCUCGCAACGGACGUCUUUGAUCAUGGCAGCGAGCAUCUGUUCCUAUGGUACAGCGGGUACGCGUGGCUCUCCCCGGCGCUUCUGGUAGGAGCGGCUGUGUUGUUGGAUGUGUUCCUGGGGGACGCCGUACUAAGUCCGAACUACGGCAGCAGUGUGUGCUUUAUAUGUCGCCGGGCAAGUUUGUUUGUCUUCUUCUUGGCCCCUGUAGCUACAUUACUCGUGGCCAACACAGUUCUUCUCAUCGUAACGGCACGGUCACUACGAUCUUCCAGCCUCGCUACCGCAGCCAACCGUGGAGAUGGCCCGGGAAUCUCGUUCCUAUUGUACGUGAAAUUAGUCGUAGCGUUUGGUCUGACUUGGAUACUUGGAUUCGUGGCUACUCUGACUUCGAUAAGGUGGGUCUGGUAUCCGUUCAUCGUCAUGACAGCACUACAAGGCGUUUACUUAUUUUUUGCGUUCGCGUGCAAGAAAGCCGUGAUCCGCGAUCUUCGAGAACGUUUUUGCCCAAGAAAGAGGGCGAAGAAAGCGGCACGGAAAACAUCCAGGCUCCCGACGGUUUCAACAGCAGUGCAUCCCUUAUUUGUGACACGCUCUGUUAGGAAGACAAACACGAGGGGACUGGAAGUCUCAACGAAUACCCAGUGCUAACUCCUGCGCAAGUGAGUGUGUGUGAAUUUCUCUUUUUUUUUUCUCCGGGUGAAGUUUUCCUUUUUUUGUUUUUUUUGAAGAGUAGCAAGCUAAAUAUUGACCUCUCUCAACACUUAAAAACAACAAGAACAACAAGCGACUAUCUUUCGAGAAUUGACUUGACGUCAGGCGACCCACUACUGUUAACGUGUGUGCUAGCCAUCUGGAACGUACUUCUUGAAUGAUCGUGUUAGCGCCUCGCAACUAUAAGGGGAACACUCACGGCCAUCGGGAUGGAACCACCCUCACAGUGUCCAACAGCGCCCACCUGGGCACCCCACUGCAAGCCCUGUGUGUGUUCUAGUUAUUUACUUUAUCUCAAGUUUGAUCCUUGUACCCUCGGUUCUUGUUGUAUGUCCUUGUCAAAAUAAAUCUUAAUUUGCAGGUUUGA